CUGCCGCCGCCGUCGUUCGUGUCGCCGGUCCUUAUCUUCUCGGCGCCCCAAAAGUUCCAUCCCCAUUGCCGCCGACUUCACCGCUCACUCCCGCCUCGUCCCCGGUUGUUUUUCCCCCGGACGCACGGGUCGUCACUCCACUCGCACCCCACGCGCCGCCGUUUCACGGGUGGGCGCCGCUGUGGCCCGUAGUGCUUCCCAUUUGACAAACUCGAGCUUAUUGAUCGGUCGGCCCGUGCGAUUAUUAUACGCGUUCCCGCUCCCCCCCGUGUGUGAGUGUGUUGUACGGGCCUCUCACCCGCUUUUAAUUCCAUUACGCCCGGCUCAGUCUUCCUCAAACGCUCUGCUGGCACGGACUCGUGUCGUCGUACGUCGAGCCGCACCGUCGUUGCCCACAAAACACUGCUACCCUCAGCACUUUGUUGGUGCGAAGAAGGAAGCAGUAAAUAACUACGACCAACAACAAUAAUAAAAAUAAUAACAAUUUUUUUCCCCUCGGAGUCUGUCUCCUCUCAGAAAUGCAUAAUGUCAGUAGUGGUGUAUACGCUAUACCUCUUAGCGUUAUUUGUGCGGAUUGGAUGCGCAGAGCCAACGUACAAUGCUCACAUAAUAGAUCAAGAGUAUAUAAUUACGUUUAAUGGUUAUUAUUUAAACAAGACAAGGCAUAAUUACAUAUCGGCAGCGCUUUCAUCGGCUGAUGUUGAUAAGUGGAGAAUCAUAGAUAGGAAAAAUGCUGCGAGUCAAUAUCCUAGUGAUUUUGAUGUUUUAUUUAUAGACCAGUGGUAUUCCUUAAAAGCAGUAGACGCAUUAACUGGUCACCCAAUGAUCAAAAAAGUAUCGCCCCAAAGAGUAGUACAAAGAAGUUUAAAUUAUUAUAAUAAUGAUACAAAAAAUGAAAUACCUUUACGGAGGAGAAGCCUUGGUCAAGACAUCAAAUUAUGGCAAAAGUUAAAUAAACGGCACAAAACGAGACAUUUACUCCGCGCCGUGCCCAAGCAAAUAACUAAAGUUCUUAAAGCUGAUAUAUUAUGGCGCUUAGGCAUAACAGGUAAAGGAGUGAAAGUGGCUAUUUUUGAUACCGGUUUAAGUAUAUCUCAUCCACAUUUUAAAAGAGUGGCUGAAAGAACCGAUUGGACCGGCGAUGGCAAUCUAGACGAUGGUCUCGGCCAUGGAACAUUUGUGGCAGGACUCGUGGCUUCAAAUAGUGAAUGUUUGGGUUUUGCUCCUGACGCUGAUUUACAUAUCUUUAGAGUGUUCACUAAUAAUCAAGUUUCAUAUACAUCGUGGUUUUUAGAUGCAUUUAAUUAUGCUAUUAUGAGAAAAAUUCAUGUACUCAAUUUGAGUAUCGGCGGACCAGAUUUUAUGGACCAGCCGUUUGUUGACAAAGUUUGGGAACUAACCGCCAAUGGUGUAAUCAUGAUAUCAGCCAUUGGUAACGAUGGACCUUUAUAUGGCACUUUAAACAAUCCAGCAGAUCAAAUGGACGUUAUCGGAGUAGGAGGAAUUAGUUUUGAAGACCAUAUUGCAAAAUUUUCCUCUCGUGGAAUGACUACUUGGGAAUUGCCUCAGGGUUAUGGCCGUUUAAAACCCGAUAUAGUUACCUAUGGUACAGAUGUUUAUGGAUCUAGUGUUAGUGGAGGUUGCCGAACACUGUCCGGUACCAGUGUUGCUUCACCUGUUGUAGCUGGAGCCGUGACACUUUUAGCUAGUGGUGUAUUGGCCCAAGGUAAAAAUAUAAAUCCAGCCAGCAUGAAACAAGCUUUGCUGGCCAGUUCCCAGAGGCUCCCCGGAAUCAACAUGUUUGAGCAAGGACACGGCAAAUUAGAUCUUUUAAAAGCAUUUAAGAUUUUAUCUAGCUACAAACCACAAGUCAGUUUCAGUCCUAGUUAUAUAGAUUUGACCGAGUGCCAGUACAUGUGGCCUUAUUGCACACAACCCUUGUAUUAUACUGGAAUGCCGAUAGUUGUAAACGUUACAAUACUGAACGGUUUGGCAGUAUUCGGCAGUGUUGUUGAAACUCCAAUAUGGCAUCCAUAUGUACCGGACAAUGGUCAUUAUUUGGACGUAACAAUUCGUUACUCUCAAACCUUAUGGCCUUGGUCGGGUUGGUUGGCUGUUGCUGUAACGGUAUCAAAUACAGCUCCAGACAACUGGAGUGGUACUGCUGCAGGUCACAUUGAGCUCACUGUUGAAUCUCCAACUGCAGGAGCUAAUUGUACAGUGAAAUUACCUUUACGAGCAGCUGUAAUACCUACACCGCCCAGUAUAAGAAGAAUCCUUUGGGAUCAAUACCAUAAUUUGAGAUAUCCUCCAGGGUAUUUUCCUGGAGAUAAUCUAAACAUAAAGAAUGAUCCGUUGGAUUGGAAUGCAGAUCAUAUUCAUACAAAUUUCAAAGGUCUUUAUCAGCACCUCCGAAGCUCUGGUUACUAUUUAGAAGUUUUAGGUGAACCGUAUACUUGUUUUGAUGCAUCAAAUUAUGGAGCUUUGUUAGUGGUAGAUCCUGAAGAAGAAUUUUUUACAGAAGAAAUCGCCAAAAUCAAAAACGAUGUUGCCAAUUACAAUUUGUCAGUAAUAGUUUUUGCCGAUUGGUAUAAUGUUUCUGUUAUGAAAAAAAUCAAGUUUUUUGACGAGAAUACAAAACAAUGGUGGAUGCCCGUAACAGGUGGGGCAAAUAUUCCAGCACUCAAUGAUUUACUAGACCCCUUUGGUAUAUCGUUCGGCCCUAACGUCUACAACGGAGAGUUCGAUAUGGGCGAUAGAAAAAUUCAUUAUUCUUCUGGUUCUCAUUUAACGACAUUUCCAAGCAAAGGCAUUGUAAUAGCAAAAACUUUAAAGAAUCAAGGCGAAGAAUUUUUGGACGGCGAUAAGUCUAAACAAGAAGUCAAGGUACCAAUUUUAGGUUUAUAUAAAACAACAGGACAUAUUAUUGUUUAUGGUGACUCAAACUGUCUUGAUAAUAGUCAUAUGGAAAUAGAUUGUUAUUGGAUGUUGGAUGCUUUUAUGGAGUACAUCUCCACUGAUAAAUUAGCACACAUUUUUCUUGAAGAUAACAUUCAAAUUUCUAGCAAUGAAUCGAUGUAUGCAAAACCGGAACGCUUAGAAAACAAUGGAUUACACAAGCAUUCUAAAGUGAUUAAUAAAACUCAUACAGGAAUUAUCAAGUUACCCCUUCCUUCUUGUAUUGUAAUUGAACCUGCCAAAACUCUGAAUUUAAAUAUAUCUGCAAAUAGUGAUGAUUACAAACCGCAAAAAUUAAAAAGCGAUAUUACUAAUGAAGAAGACGAAAUGGAAUGGUUGCAAUCGCUUUUACGGAAUUCAAAAAUAGUGCCUGAAGAAGUAGAAGAAUUCAAUGGAUUAUUUGGUGGAAUUUUUUUUCCAUUAACAAUACUAGCUACGGUUUUGUCGGUCGUAGCUAUUUUCGUAAUAUGGAAAUAUUAUUGCUGGCGAGCCAAGGCCAAACAAGGUCUCAUAUCUCUUAGCAAAAAGAAAACAGUCGGCGGUAUUAAGAAAAGUUUUACGUACCUCCUAAAACAUAACAGCAGACUUCAAUCUACUAGUGGAUAUAAUUUGUGAUUACUAAGCUAUGAAUUACAAUCUUACAUUUAAUGUUUUAUGUACAAUUGGUUGAUAAUUUUUAAAAUAAUGUCU